AUGGCCUCAUUGAUACUAUGGGACGAGGCCACCAUGACUAAGCGACAGGCGGUCGAGGCACUGGACAACAGCGUGCGCGACAUCAUGGGAAGACGGGACCGACCCUUUGGAGGAAAAACUGUUGUGUUUGGCGGGGACUUCAGGCAGGUGCUUCCGGUCGUCAGGAGGGGGUCCCGGGGUCAGAUAAUCGAUGCAACCCUUCGAAGUUCACACCUCUGGAAGGGUAUGCGCCAGCUAAGGCUCGUCACCAACAUGAGGGCUCAUAUAAUGACACCUGGUAAGGGUGACGACCUGGAGAAGCUGAUUGACCAUGUGUUUCCGAGACUAAAUGACAACAUUGCAGAAGACGACCCGUAUGGCUACUACGCUCCCGAGUUCCUAAAUGGAUUGACUCCCAACGGUCUGCCUCCGCAUGCACUCAAACUGAAGCUCAACUGCCCCGUCAUACUUCUGAGGAACAUUGAUCCGGCUAAUGGUCUGUGUAAUGGGACGAGGCUUGUGGUGCGAGGUUUCGAGAGGAACGCCAUCGACGCAGAAAUCGUGAUCGGACAACACGCAGGUAGGAGGGUAUUCCUUCCUCGAAUACCCCUAUGCCCGUCUGACAACGACAUGUUUCCAUUCAAGUUCAAGAGGAAGCAAUUUCCUGUAAGGCUUAGCUUUGCUAUGACGAUUAACAAGGCUCAAGGCCAGACGAUUCCGAUUGUUGGCGUGUACCUACCUAAUCUUGUGUUCUCUCAUGGUCAACUCUAUGUCGCACUGUCUCGAGCCACCGCAAAGAGAAACAUAAAGAUCCUCAUUGAGAAGGAGAAGGAGAAGGAGAAUGCCAAGAAGCAAAGCGGUAAACCUAAGAAGCGAAAAAGACCUGCCUUGUCCUUACAAACCUCGAUGAAGAACAUCGUCUAUCAGGAAGUCCUUACAGGCUGA